AACAACCUGACUCUUCUCUUCUUGUGCAUGGACUCUUCGAAAAUCUCUUCUAAAUAACCAUUCUCUCCAAAAGCACAGCGUCGCCCAGCAUGGAGAACUACCAGAAGAUGGAAAAGGUCGGCGAGGGCACCUACGGAGUCGUCUACAAAGCGCGCGACCUCAGCACACCGGAGAAUCGCAUCGUCGCGCUGAAGAAGAUCCGUCUCGAAGCGGAGGAUGAAGGCGUUCCAUCCACGGCCAUUCGCGAGAUCAGUCUGCUCAAGGAGAUGCAACAUCCGAAUGUACUGCGCCUGCUCAACAUCGUUCACGCCGACGGCCACAAGCUAUACCUCGUCAUGGAGUUUCUCGAUCUGGAUUUGAAAAAGUACAUGGAGUCGCUGCCGGUGAGCCAGGGUGGUCGCGGCAAGCCGUUGCCGGAGGGUGUGUUGGAGGCCACAGGACAUCUUGGGUUGGGAGCACAAAUGGUCCGCAAAUUCACCCUGCAGCUCCUCCAAGGCAUCCGCUACUGCCACUCCCACCGCGUCCUCCACCGCGAUCUCAAACCCCAAAACCUCCUCAUCGACCGCGACGGCAACCUCAAAAUCGGCGACUUCGGUCUCGCUCGCGCUUUCGGCGUUCCUCUCCGCACAUACACCCACGAAGUCGUUACGCUGUGGUAUCGCGCCCCGGAAAUUCUGCUCGGAGGUCGGCAAUACAGCACAGGCGUGGACAUGUGGUCGAUUGGGUGCAUCUUCGCAGAGAUGGCGACUCGCAAACCUCUGUUCCCUGGCGACUCGGAAAUCGACGAGAUUUUCAAGAUCUUCCGCAUCCUGGGUACACCGAACGAGCAGGACUGGCCAGGCGUUACGUCGUUCCCUGAUUUCAAGUCGUCCUUCCCCAAGUGGGAGCGCAAGCAAGAUGAGGAGAUGGUCAAUGCGGAGGGUGUCAAGAUAUUGGGCGAUGAGGGUCUGAUUCUGCUAGAGAGCUUGCUGGUAUUCGAUCCGGCCGGACGUAUGAGCGCAAAGCAGGCGGUGCAUCAUCCAUACUUUGACAACAACAAUGGGCAGUUUGUGCUGGGGCCGCAUGGGUACCAAUGA